AUGCUGUCAGACACUCGCCGUUGGUCAGAGAAGUUUGUUAUCAAACAUCCCUGGCAUGAUGUUGUCAGUUCUGUACAAUUUAAAUAUCCCAACCCAUACAAUCCAAAUGUACUAAACAUAGAUGUUAUCAAUCGUCAAGUUGACCUUACCGGUGGUGCUAUGCUCAGUUGCAAGCUGAUUAACUCUUCAUGGCCCAUGUUUCAUAUGGGUCACCUGAAGGCUUUGGAAUAUAGUUGUAUUCAAGUUCCAAACAAAAGAAUGGUCUCUAAUACAAUAAUUAUCGACUUCGAAGUAUCAUACCGUACUCAUAUAAGAAAAGUCUCAUGUCGAAUAUGUGAUGCAAUGGAUUCAUUUUUACGUCAUGCAGCUGAAGCCCUUCAUUCAAGUUGUAAAAGUAAAUGGAUUCUUGUUGUUGGAAAUGAAGCAUGUGAUCUAGAUAGUACAGCAUGUGCACUUGCCUAUGGAUUUUAUAAACAAAUGAAGCUUGAAAAUGAGUUCAUUGUUAUACCUGUAUGUAGUAUCAAUAGAGAAGAUAUGGUUUUGCGCACUGAAGUUACCUUUUGGCUUACUCAAUGUGGUCUCAAAUGGGAAGAGUUGAUUUAUCUUGAUGAUGUUUUCAAUGAAACCUAUUCAAAAGUGAAGGAAAAUGAAUUAUUUUUAAUUCUAGUUGAUCAUCAUUUACCAACGAAAAAGUUUAAUGAAUGGCCAACCAUUGAAAUAAUUGAUCAUCAUCAGUUAGUUAAUACUGAAACCGUUGAAAAUUGUCCUUUUAAGCAAAUUGAUCUUGUCGGAUCCUGUGCCACUCUAAUCACAUUCGAAAUUUUGAAAGGAAUGGAUGGUAAUUAUUUACCAAGCAAUGUAUGGAAGUUGCUUUACGGUGCCAUACUUAUUGAUACAAUCGGACUUUCUAAUGCUGGUCAAAUGGCUGGACGAUUAACAGAAUUAGAUCUUCGCAUGGCUAAUCGUAUCGAAGAUAUCAUUUACAAUCAGAUUUUCACUCCAAAUGUUUCAAGAAAUUCCUUAUUUACUCAACUGGAAACAGCAAAAUUUACUGUUGAUGGGCUAUCUACAUGGAAUUUAUUACGUCGUGAUAUGAAAAUUGUUUCUAGUCCAAAUAAAGAUGCGUUCCAAUUUGUGUGCUCUACUGUAUCUGGCGUUGAUUUUACGAUGUUAAUUAAUUCUCCUGACUUUACUGAAGCAGCCAAUCGGAUAUGUGCUAAAUACAAUGCCAAUUUACUUGUUUGUCUUACUGUUGGUUAUCCCUUAUCGGAAAGUUCAUCGAUACCUUCAUCGGAGUUGACAACUUUUCGAAGAAGAGCUCUGAUUUUGUAUAAUAUGAAUUUUCCUGCUGGACGUUAUAGUGAUCUGAUUAAAUUUCUCCUGAAUCCGAAGCUUAAUCUAGAUUUACUUCCUCAGUCUGUCCCUGAUUUCAGUCAUUUUAUAGCAAUUGUGAAUAAUGUCAGAAUGACACGUAAAAUCCUACUACCUUUAUUGGUACAGUUUCUUCAGCAAUUGGGGUCUCCAAGUGAUACUGGAACUUCCGAUAACAAUCCCAAGAUUGAUAUCGACAAUAAUGAUGAUUGUAACAAUGUUGUUAUGAAGUCAGACACAAACAAUAAUAUCUCUUCAACAAAUACUAAGAGUUCACAUUCACUUGAUACAACUCCCAAGUGUUCAUCGGAUCUGAAAGAUAAGGUGAGGAAUUCUACUGAAUUUGCUCUAAAAGAUGUCAUUCCUUCUCUGAAGAAGUGGCUUUUACCUUUAAAUCCUCAUGAACGAUGUGAAUUUCUGAGAUCCUUUUGUCAAAGCUCUCUAAAAGCAAAUGAUAGUCCAUCACUGGACUUACUAAAUAGUUUAUGGACCAGUAUUUGGUAUGAAACUAGAAAAACUUCUAAAACUGUUAAAUCUGCCGUUGGUACACAAACACCUACACCGAAAUCAAUGUGGUUGAAGUCACACCAAACCAGACGUGUUGCGAGUAUGGUUCAAGGUAAUAGUUCAGCAAUAAAAGCAAUUUCAGGUAAAAUGGGAGGUUUCAAAUCCGCUCGACGCUUUACCUUAUCAGAUACCAACGAUCUUACAUUAUAUAAUGAAAAUAUAUCUAAAGCUCGGGUUGAUCUUUCAUCAUCACGUUUUGUUCAUCGUACAUCUGAUGAACAUUUAUGUGUUUCCGAUUCUGAAAAUACUAAACCAAGUUGGUUAGAGACUGAAUAUUUGACUCGAAUUCCUGCCUGGUUACCGUCUACUUUAACAUCAACUUCUUUAGAUUCAGCUGAAGCAGUCAGUUAUAGACUUUAUCGUCGUUUGUCAGGAAUGCCGUUGUCCAAGGAUUCCGAAGAUGAUGUGUCUUAUGGUCACACAUCGUUUCAAAGAGAUAAUCAUGAUGUUCACAUCAUACAUGAUAAAGAUCAGGACAUUGAUUAUAAUAAACUUGAAGAUGAUGAAUUAGCUUUACUUCGAACAUCACUUACAGAUUGUCGACAAUUGUUCAUAGAUAAACAAACAUCAACGUCUAAUUUAUCCAAUUAUACUAGCUGGCUUUCUAGUCAUCCGGAUCAUAUUACCGAACAAGGUCUUAAAUUUCUUAAAUUAGGUUUCGAUCUUCAGCCUGCGAAAACUGAAGAUAUAGGUAUGACACUAAAAAUGACUAAAUCAAUACUUAAUAACGAACAACAAAGUCACCCGUCUUUUCAUGUUACAUUUGAUCUUGGCUGUACAGAAGAUUCCAAAUUAAUGAUAUCAGACGAGACAGUGGAUGAAUAA